GGGAGCCGGCAAAUACACCGAGUCCGACAACGGAAGGACCGAUGCAGCUCAUGUAUCCCUACGGUUCUUCCGCUGGUGAUUCGGAAAUUCCAAACACGUAUGAGUACUCGUGGCAAUGUUUCAAGAUCGACAUCCCGGACGAUGGAAUGCAAUUCUUCGGCAAGCGUCAUUACAAAGUCCACAUCUGUCGCAACGGAUUGCUGCUGUUUGAUUCACAAUGGCUUCCCUGGUGGCCUUACAAUUUCGGGGAACGUUGGUGGCUCAAGAAAGAGGCAAUGUUGGCGCCUUAUUGGGGUUUGACGGAUACGGACGAUUCUUUUGUGAUUCAGGGCUUUUCUAAAGUUUACUACCACGUGUAUUCAGAUUCCGACCCAAGUUCUACUCCUUUGUUGAAGAGGGCCUCUUCAGACACAAAGAGGCUGUUGUCGACUCCUUUGCCGACCGCCUUCAAGGCAUCAUGGGUGCUGGUGGUAACGUGGAAAAAUUUACGUCCGUAUCAGUACCCUGCUAAUAUGGCAAACCAGGGAAAUACGUUUCAGUUGGUUUUGAUUACAGAUGGAGUGUACUCCUUCACGAUGUACAAUUAUCCAAGCAAUGGUCUGCAGUGGUCCGCUCCAACCCAAAGGAUGUACUAUCGAUAUUAUUCCAACUCAUAUGGGUUGCCUGUGGUUGGUUGGAAUGCUGGAGACAAGGGAGAAAGGAAAUAUAACAUGCCACGAUCGGGUACUGUCAACAUAGAAACAAUCGACGGAAUAAGAGGUAACGCUGACAUGGUUGGGAAGUGGUUUUUCAGACUGGAAGAAUCCCUCGGGAAACUUAACGCAAGACAGGAGUGCAUUGACUGGUUCAAAGCACAACCAGAUCCUCGAUUCUACACUGAAUACAUCGAACCUUGUCCUUGUGUCCUGCGACAAGCAUGGUGGGACGAAAGGUUCACAGUGAACUGGAGAGACUGGCCAAGAAUGUGCGGCUACGCUCAGUUCCCCUCACCACAUGGGUGGGGCCAGGAAUGUUGUUACUCCACUAACUGGCAAAGUUGGGGUGCACUGCUUGUGGGAAAUACUGGUGGAGGUUCGGCACAUAGAUACCACAAGUUGACCGAGGAAUUAAGAGCUAAACACGACUCAAGCGACGUACAAGGCUAUCAAAAGUGCUGCGUCAACUCAGACUUGUGUGACUUGUAUUACAAGAGACGCCCUUCCGAUAAUUGCGGAAAUUAUGUGGUACCAGAAUGGAGUUGGCUCUGGGGUGACCCUCAUUUUGUCACUCUUGAUGGCAAAAACUACACCUUUAAUGGUCUUGGUGAAUACAUGAUGACCGAUGCUCGUGACGGAUUUUUUCAGUUACAAGCUCGGACGAAACUGGCCAAAGGGGGCGGAACAGCGACAGUGUUUUCUGCUGCAGCUGCGAAGGAAGGCAAUUCUAGUGUUGUCCAGGUUGAGUUGAACGAUGCAGAAAUAAGCUUAAGCGUGCUGAUUGAUGGAGAGUCCUUUAACUACACUAGCCUUUCAAACGAAUCUGUUACACUUAAGGGCUCUGUUGCUGUUGCCAAACCAGACAACAACUCCUUUGUAAUGGUUUUUCCGUCGGGGAUAUCAGUCACAGCGAAAGCUGUUUCGGGAGCACUUUCAAUUGUACUUGCUGCACCAAAGAGCUUCAAAAAUCAAACAAAGGGCCUGUUAGGAAGAUGGAAUGAUGAUCCUGAAGACGACUUUUUGACGCCUAAUGGAACCAUCUUGCCUUCAAACGCGAACAGCAAGGACAUUCAUUACAAUUUUGGUCUCCUUUGGCAGGUAGACAACAGGUCCUCACUCUUUACAUACAAACCAGGAGAAAGCCUGAAAACUUUCGAAAAUGCAUCUUUUGUCCCUAUGUUCCUUGAAGAUCUUUCCUUCCCAAAUGACACCUUACGCAAACAAGCAGAAGAAGCUUGCCAAGGAGAUCUCAACUGCUUAUUUGAUUCCGCCUCUACUAAGGAUGUUUCAAUGGGCGCAAACACAAAGGCAAUGUCGUCCACACUGGAGAAAGAGUCAUCUUCUCUUAAAAAUUAUCCACCCCGGUUCGUCACACAGCUCUCCCAAGUGAAUGUCACUGUGAAUCAGAGUAUUAGUGUGUCUGUGGUUGCAGAAGACCCAAACAACGACACCUUGAUAUUCUCUGUUUUCGGCGUUCUACCUCGUGCAGCUAUUCUACGGAACAAUUCCAACUCUGUGACAGUCACGUGGAACGGAACUAACGAACACAUUGAAUUAGAAUUCGUGGUAACAGACGAUCAGGGUGCAACAGCAUUCUUGAGGCCAAUCAUUAAUCUCUGUGCUUGUCAUAACAAUGGCGUUUGCCUUCAUUCAGCCAGCAACAAAAACUCCACGCAUAAUAGCAACAAGAUGAAUGUACUUGAGUGUGGUUGUUUGAAUGGGUAUACAGGAACGCUCUGCGAGAGUGAUCUCGACGCAUGUGAAGCAAAUCUAAACCCAUGUUACCCAGGUGUAAAGUGCAUCGACCUUCCUCCUCCAGCAAAUAUAUCUGGCUACAAAUGUGGACCUUGUCCGAAUGGAUUCACGGGAGAUGGAUCCAAAUGUCGAGACUUUGACGAAUGUUUACAAGGGUCGAACGGUGGAUGCAGUCAAGUCUGUAUCAACACACCAGGCUCGUUCACAUGCGACUGUAGAAAAGGAUACUUGCUCAAGAUUGACCAGCGAAAUUGUGAUGACAUUAAUGAAUGCGUUCCUGUCAGCGACUGUAUGCACAAGUGUGAAAAUACAAACGGUGGAUAUCGAUGUAGCUGUGAUGAUUUCUUCAAAGUGGACCCUUCAGAUCCCAAAAAUUGUAUUCCCGAAUCUCCAUGUCAGAAAGGUAAACAUAACUGUCAGCACAUCUGUUACCUUGGUUCAAACAAAAUUCAACAAUGUGCUUGUAGACGAGGCUAUCUUCCUGGAGACGAUGGGGAUAGUUGCAAAGAUAUUGAUGAAUGUGCGGUAAAUGAGAAUAGAUGCAGCCAUAAAUGCAACAACACGGAAGGAAGCUACACAUGUUCCUGUGUGGACGGCUUUAGACUGGACGCUGAUAAUGUCACUUGCAUAGAUAUAGACGAGUGCUUGGAAUGGACCUUUAAAUGUCAGGAUUCGUCACAGCGUUGCAAAAAUACUCAAGGUUCUUACAAAUGCGUCUGUGAAGAAGGACUUUAUUGGAUUGACAAUGCUUGCAAAGGUCUGGGCAAGUAUGAAAAACCACCUCCUCCACCGCCAGCACCGACUCCAAGAAUUCCGUCCUUGAUUGAAGAACGUCAAGCGAUUAUUAUCACAAUUAAAGGACUCAACUUAUCUCAGUGGAAUCUGCCCUUAGAGCAAGUCUUCAAAGAUGCAGUUGCAGAUUCUGUUACCACUUUCUGUGGGGAAAGCAGAGAUUGUGAGAUCACAGCGCCUCGAAAAAGGAGGGCACUAGACUACAUACUUUUCACGUCAGAUCAAGUCCAUCUCCUUCCAGGUUAUCCAGAGCGAGCCCCUUAUCUUAUGCAGAUUCGAGUUGCGAUCUACGUCCAGUUUCCACCUGGAGUGGCUGGUGACUCUCCUUCUACCCUGGAUAAAAACAUUUUGUUGACAGUCAUAAAUUCAUCUCGUGAAAAUUUUGAAAAGGCCCUGAACGUGUCAGUUGUUAACCUAAAGAUUGCGUACCUCGACCGUUCCACUGAGAGCAGUUUUACAGAGACUCCAAAAGUUCAUCAUGAAGAAACAACGAUAGGCUAUUUCAUUAUUGGUGGGGCAGCAGCUGGAGUUAUAUUGGCCAUCAUACUUUGUGUUUUGGGAUGUUGCAGAAAGUGCAAUUCAAAGCAAGUGCUGAAAAGAAAUAGGAUUGCCUGCAACGAAGACGACGGCGUCGAGCUUCAUAAAGUCAAGGGUCAUUUCGACAAUCACCGAGUGGAAGAAAAGUGUUAUACUAACGAGCAAGCCUUUGACACGGAUAACGAAGCCAUUUAAAACUGCUUUAAGCUUAGAAUAGCUCUUUUGAUAGAAGCUUCAGGGUUUUAGUUGUUUAGAUUGGGUAAUUAUGCAGUUAUGUUCCUGAUAGACUGAUGAUUGACAUAUAUGUGCUAACAUUUUUCUAUGCAACCUUUUGGAUCAUGUAUAUAGCUCAGUAAGCAAUUAGCGAGAAAACUCAACAAGGCGGGUUAAUGAGAGAGUGGAAAGAUUUCGAGGAACACCUUGGACUGUUCUUAAUGAGAUGGGUAAAUCCUCUGCAUUUAAACCUAAAGAUCCAAGAAAUACAUGUUAGAAAUAGCAUUGCAGUGAUGCCAACGGUUAAAGAUAUUAAGAACAGAAACCUGCUAACAGUGUUAACAACUACUCCACUGCUCAAUUAACCGAUUUUGUGCUACUAACGAUGGCUUAAAAUAUAAGUUGAAUAGGAAGGCAGAUAAAAACGACUUUUAGCAUCCAUUAGAGAUGCUUCGCCCAUCAGAAUCAUAAUUUAGGGAGUGAGAGAAUUUUCCUUAGAGUGUUUUCUAAAACAUAAAAUGAAGCUGAAGUACGUAGUGUUUAAUGCGUCGGUUCGACCUGUUAUAUGCUCAUUUCGUUCAUAAAUCCGAGUGUCUACGUCAUAAAUUAGAAAUUGUUAUUAUACCAUGUCUAUACGUGUGAUUUUGGUGUUUUUUCUUUAUUUUUGUUAUAUCGAUAUCCAUGCUUUCGAUGGAUUUUUAAUAAAAGUGCCUGUCACGUUAGUUCUAGAA